UCCAAAAAGAACACACUUCUGGUUUGCGUCUUUGUCUUGCAAUAAAAACUCGGAGACGCAAAGGAAGUGGCGGACGUUUCGUAAAACCUUGUUUCGCCGCCUCUCGGUUUUCGACUCGGUUCCAACUCGACUCAGUGAUCGAAUCGUUCCAAACGUGUCUGAUCGUUUGGUUCGGGUUUUUAAUAACGGGGAUUAAGCGAUUAAAUUACGCGUUUAUUUUUGUUUGUUUGUUUGCAAACAAUCAAAAACUCAGAACGUUGUGUUGGAGAUUGAAAAAAGUUGAGGGCUUUACUGGAUAAUCUGACUGUUUAUGAUUUGAGUUUGUGUGUGUUGUGUGUGGCCAAUGUUGGAUUUUCGAGACGGUUUGUAGGCGACAGAGUUUAGUGUUUGGUGUUAAUUGAGAAUGGGAGAAAGUUAUGAACUUGAAGAAGGAGAGUUUAAUUGUUCUGCUAUUUAUGAUCUUGACGUUGAUCUCUCCUACAUUGACAAGAAGAUAGAGAAUGUACUAGGCGACUUACAAAAAAAGUUUGAACUGGGAUCCUUGGAUAUGUUUGGUCCACAAGUCUAUAAAUAUGGAUCAUUUUUGCCCACUUACAAGCGUUCUCCUGCGGUGCCACCAUGUCAAAGGAGUUUCAUGGAGAAUAAUAACGCCCAGAGAUUUCCAAACAACUUACCAGUGAAGAACGUUGUUCAGAAGUUUCAGUCACUACCUGCUACUUCUUGUAAACCAGCAAGUAUUCAGGAUUCCAAGACCAAUCAGUCUUCAGGUUCCCUUUUGCCUCAUGCUCCUGGAAAGGUUACCAUAAAGAAAGAAGAUGCUAGAAUACCAGGCAAUGAUUCGUCUGAUCAUAAGCCGAUUAGACUUCGGAUCAAAAUGGGUUCUAAAAUCUUGUCUCAAAAGGUCACGAUGGUUUGCAAGGAUCUUGGUCUUGAUGAUUCCCCAACCCGAAACAGCCAUGAUGAUAGUAGCAGAAUGCUGCCACAUACAUCUCUGGAGAAGACAAGUGAAUCUCCCUCCCGUAUUCUUCAGGAAAUGACUGCCAUCCCUGUCCCAGAGGAUCUACUGAUGUCCCCUCUUCCUGAGAAUCUACUUAAUUUGAAGGAUAAGGAGAAGCGAUCUACGUUAUUAGGCAAUGAACCAGUAACUAAGCCAGGGAAGGUUCCUUUUAUUCAGACACAGAACAAGUUUUCUGAUGUUUUAGGCUGUGGGGAAACUCCAAGUGGAAGGAGGAAAAGGAAAGCGGUUGACUGCUUUAAUGCUACCACUUUGAAUGAGACUUCAUCAAUUGGUGAGGUGAAGAAGCAAAAAGUUUCUUCCACUGGUGCCUUAGCCAGGGAGAGCACAACUUGUGGGAUAAAUUCUACUAGUGAUGGGUUUACAAGAAAAAGUAACUUGCAGAAAGGUAUUAAAAAGGAUGUUGAAGGUGAUCCUAGAGUCUCCAUUGCUAAGUCAAACAGAAUGAAGGUUGUUGGGAAACAUGCUGAGAAGGAGAAAAAGAUAUAUCCAAUAAAGUUGAAACAGAACAGUAGCAAAAGUAGCUUUGGUGAUAAAGUUUUAUCAAAGAUGCCUUCCAAGGAUACUGAAAAUAAAGUUGAUUUUGCGCUUGCACCUGCCUCCACUAGUCUUGACCUUGAUAGUUGGGCCGAAUGUGAUACCUGUAAAAAAUGGCGGCUACUGCCCUUCAGCGAAAACCCUGAUAAGCUGCCUGAUAAGUGGGUGUGUAGCAUGCAAACCUGGCUGCCUGGGAUGAAUCAUUGUCGCAUCAGCCAGGAAGAGACAACAAACGCUAUUAUAUCCACUCAUGGUGCUAAGGUUCACGGUCCUGAGACUAGUAAUGCUGAUAAAAGCUACCACCAAUCUUUAACUUCUGGUUCUUUGCCUAAUCUGAUUGAGAGAAAGCCACAAGGAGUUUCAAGCAAAAUCAUGGUUGAUGCUGCAAAGCCUACGAAAAGCACCUCACAGGUGCUUAAAAUAAAAAACAUAAAGCUGCCGCUCAAAACUUGUAAUGCUGCUCAGAUAUCCACAGACCAGAAAGCAAAGGGGCGAUCGGCAGGUAUUCAGAUAAAGAUCAAGAAGGAAAAGGAUGGUGACAAUCAAGAAAGUGAAAGUUCCAAGCAAAUCAAGACCGGUGAUGGCAACAAACUCUCCCGAGAUCUAAAAGCAGAAGAGAUUCAUUGUAAACGAGAUCUAGAUUGUACUCCAGCAGAGAGGAAAACAAAGCGUCAUGACAAUGAUUUGUACCCUUCGGAUGUAGAACGAGUCACAAAGAAAAGAUUACUCAAACCUGACCACCAACCUCAACCAACAACUGGUAGUGGCUCCUUAUGCAUAAAAGCUCAUGGCAUUGUCAGUACUCCUGCGAGAAAGUUUGGUGAUUUGUCUUGCUCAAGUCUGAAAACAUUCCUCGAAAAUAGAGCUGGGGUUACGAAUGUCAAUGGCAUUACUCAUGAGACUAUGGAUAGAUCCUCCAAGUCUGCGAAUGAUAUACUUCAAGAGGCUGAAAAGCUGAAAAAGCUUGCUGACUGUUUCAAGAACUCUGGAUUUGACAAUGAAUACAAGGAGGUCAACUUCGACGCUGCUCUCAAGUUUCUACUUGGAGCUUCGAUUAUGGAAAUGUCCAGUACCGAGAAAGUGGAAGAUGGGAGGAUGAGCCAUGUUGAAGCGUACCAUACUGCUGCAAAACUUUCAGAAAGCUGUGCCCAUCAAUAUGAAACAAAGAAAGAAAUGUCUGCAGCUGCUUUGGCCUAUAAAUGCGUGGAAGUGGCUUGCAUGAGGGUUGUGUAUUGCAGAAGUCUAGGUCUGAGUGGAGAAUUGAAUGAAUUGCAGAAAAUGGUACAGAUGACUCCUCAAGGUGAAUCACCCUCAUCAUCUGCAUCUGAUGUCGAUAGCUUUUGUCGUCAAGGAGUGAUUGAUAAGUCUGCUAAAACAAAAAGAGGGCUUUCCCAUGGUGUUGGAACUCUUCUCCCUGUUGCUAGAAACCAUCAAAGUUUUGUUCCGUUACUUGAAGUUACAGAGAGUAUGAAUCUGGCAAUGGAAGCAUCGGCAAAAUCCCAACAAGCUCUUGGAGCAGUCACUGUUGUCACCUCUGAAGAAACUUUGCACAAAGACUGUGUCUCCGCAAUCAAGAAAGUUGUCGACUUUAGUUUCCAUGAUGUUGAAGCGCUUAUUCAGAUGAUUGAGGUAGCCAGGGAUGUUCUAAGUUCGUCAAAAGUCCGUGGCCCAUAGUGUUGUUGACUCUAUUUUGUACAUAGGCUCUGGUCCUAUAAAGAAUAGAAUUAGUGUUUUAAGAAAAGAAGCUUAGAGGCUUGGAUCUAGAAUUCCUUUUGGUUUCAUGAACCUCCAUAGAGUAGUCUCAUUAAUUAGCAAAUUUUUGUAAGGCCUAUCAUUCAAGGCUGAUCACCCUUGAAUGGAUUAGGAUAGGAAGAUUUGGAGAGGGGACACUAGAUAAGGACAAGUUUGCAGUAACUCUCAGGGUCCUGUUUCUUCAGGUCUUUCUUCUUUUUGGUUUCUGGGUACUGAAAGAUUAACUAUAGAAUAUCUAUAGAAAGAGUAGUAGGUUUGCUUAGAUAUAGUCAUUUAUGAGAUUGGAUAAGAGUUGUGACAAGACACUGCUCUGUGCCAUCUGAUCCUGUUUCAGUUUGUUACAAACUUUUUAUUGGAAGGGAAACACUUUUUUUU